UAAUUUCUCCAAUCGCGUGUCGCCAGGUCGCCGGUCCACAUAAUUUUCUAGUAUUCAAACACGACUCUUUGAAAGAAGCAUUGUAAAAGUUUCAAGAAAAAGGAUUGAAAAAAAAUGGCACUAAAGCUAUUGAUAGCUGUGUCACUGUUGAUAUGUAUGGCUUCGUAUACAGUUGGAUUUAAUGCUGUGAUGUCCAUUGACUUGGGCAGUGAAUAUAUGAAAAUAGCUAUUGUUAAGCCCGGGGUUCCUAUGGAAAUUGUUUUGAAUGAGGAAUCUGACAGAAAGACAUCAACAAUAGUAGCACUAAGAAAUGGGGAAAGAUUUUAUGGAAAAGAGGCAGAGAAUACUGCUGUGAAGUUUCCUAGGAAAGCUUUCUGGUACUUAACCAAUAUAGUAGGAAGAAAGUUUGAUAGUGCUGAUGUUAAGCUUUACAAAGAAAGGUUCCCUUAUUAUGAUUUAGUCAAGGAUGAAGAAAGAGGAACAGUUCUGUUUAAAGUUGAUGAGGAGACUUUCUACAGUCCAGAAGAACUACUGGCAAUGCUGUUAGAAAAAGCCAAAGAAUAUGCAGAAACAUUUACAGAUCAGUCUAUAAAAGACUGUGUGAUAACAGUACCUGCCUAUUUUACACAAGCUGAAAGGAAAAGUAUUCUAUCAGCAGCUGAACUGAUUGAUUUGAAUGUCUUACAACUCCUUAGUGACAAUGCUGCUGUGGCAUUAAACUACGGUGUAUUCAGAAGGAAAGAAUUCAAUGGAACAGUGCAAUAUUACAUGUUUUAUGAUAUGGGAGCUACUAGUACCACAGCUACUAUAGUGGGAUACCAAGUUACAAAAGUGAAAGAAGGAACAAGAUUGGAAUCCAAUCCACAGCUUAUUAUUAAAGGAGUAGGUUUUGACAGAGGACUGGGAGGCACAGAAAUAACAUUGAGAUUAAGGAAACAUUUGGCCAAAGUAUUUAAUGAACAGAAAAAGACGAAAACAGAUGUAUUCACUAAUGAGAGAUCGAUGGGAAAAUUGUUUAAAGAAGCUGAGAAGUUAAAGAAAGUUUUAAGUGCAAACAACGCCCAUUUUGCACAGGUUGAAGGCUUAUUGGAAGAAAUAGACUUCAAAACAAAAGUAACAAGAGAAGAAUUAGAAGAAUUGUCCAAAGAUUUAUUUGAAAAAGUCACACAACCAAUAGAAGAAGCUCUUAAAGUUUCACAAAUAACUUUGGGAGAAAUCAAAGAUGUUAUAUUAAUGGGAGGUGGAACCAGAAUUCCAAAAGUACAAGAAAUACUAAAAAAAUAUCUCGGAAGAUCAGAACUAGGAAAGAGUAUCAACACAGAUGAAGCUGCUGCAAUGGGUGCUGUUUACCAAGCUGCAUAUCUAGGAAAAGGAUUCAAAGUCAAAACAUUUGGUGUGAAGGAAGCUAGUAUUUAUCCUAUAACUGUUGAAUUUGAGAAGCACAAACUUGCAGAAGAUGGCAGUGAUAGUAAAAGGGUAGUUAAGAGAACAUUGUUUAACAGAAUGAACCCUUACCCACAGAAAAAGGUCAUGACCUUCAGCAAACAUUUAAAAGACUUUGAUUUCAAUGUCAGUUAUGGUGAUCUUGAUUUCCUAUCAGACUUUGACAAAAGUUCAUUCCAAGAUCCAUCCCUUGCUAAGUUUAAACUAUCAGGAGUAGGAGAUGCCUUCACCAAACAUAAGGAAUCUGGUGAUAGUAAAGGAGUAAAAGCACAUUUCAGACUGGAUGAAAGUGGAAUACUUCACUUGGAUCAGGUAGAAGUUGUGUUUGAAAAGGAAGAAGAAAAAGAAGAAUCCACAUGGUCAAAAUUAGGAAAUACUCUGGGUGGACUAUUUGGUGGUAAAAAGGAGGAAGGAGAGACGAUAGAAGAGACAGGAGAAAAACCAGUUGAGGGUGAAAAUUCUGAUAAAGAGGCUGAAAGUGAGGAAGCAAAACCAGAUCAAACUGAAUCCAACCAGGAAAAACAGGAGGAGAAAAAACAAAGAGAAAAUGGAGAUAAAGACAAAAAAGAGAAACAAUCUGAGGUACCAGCAGAUGAGGAGGAUAAAAGUAAUAAAAAAUCAGACAAGACAGAAGAGAAAACAGAUGAAACAAAGAAAGAAAAGACAGAGAAAGGGAAAGAAGAAGAAAAAAGUGAAAACAAGACUGAUGAUGCCACCGAUAAACUUAAUGGAACUGAUUCUCAAAAUAAAACUGAAGCUGAUUUAAAGGAGAAAAAGCCAAAUGUAACAGUUGUCAGGGAGAAAAUAGAUACAAAGAUAGAAUCUUUUGAUAUCCCAGAAGUGAACAAAGACUUAAUGAAAGUUAUGAGGAAAAAAUUAGCAGAAUUAACUGCAAAAGACAAAGAAAAGAAACUUUUAGAGAAGUCAAAGAAUGAUUUGGAAGCAUUUAUAUUUGAUAUGAAUGACAAGUUAACACAAGAAGUGUAUGAAAAAUGUUCAACAGAAGCUGAAAGAGAAAAGCUUAGUAAACUUAUGUCUGAGGCGUCUGACUGGAUGUAUGAUCAGGAGGAAGAUGCCAAAGCUGAGAUUUAUCAAGACAAGUUGAAAUCCUUAAAAAAAGAAAUCAAAGAAUUGAAGGCCCGUGUGUAUGAAUUCGAAGAAAGACCAAAGGCUUUAAAGGCUUUGAAAGAUAUGUUGAAUCAUACUAAAUAUUUCCUGAAGUCCGUUAAAAACUUUACUGUUGUUGAAGAAGACCGAAUAUUUACCGAUGUAGAAAUUACAACUUUAGAAAAACUGAUAACAGAUACAAAGAAAUGGAGAGAUGAUAUGGUAGAAGAACAGAAGAAAACACCAGAUUCAGAAAAACCUAAACUAUUAGUGGAAGAUGUAGCAUUAAAAUUACAAGCAUUAGAUAGAGAAGUCAAAUAUUUAAUUAAUAAAGCAAAAAAUUUUAAACCCAAACCCAAACCUAAACCAAAAUCGAAUACAACAAAAACAGAUGGAAAUACUACAAAAUCUGAUACAAAUAAAACAGAUAAAGCAGAGAAGGAUAAAGAUACAAAAAUAGAAGUAGAGGAACCUAUAGAUAAAUCAACAGAAACAAAAGAUGAAACAAAAACAAAAGGUGAAGAAACAGAAACAAAAGAUGAAAAGACAAAAACAGAAUCUAAAGAAGAAAAUAUAGAAAAAUCAGAAAAAGAUAAAGAAGAAACAACAGAAAAAUCCAAACAUGAUCCAGGAGAAUUAUAACACAAGCUGAACCUAGGAUAUUUAAUUGACAUUUAAUUUGGACCACUUGAGCCAGUUUUCUGUGACCAUGAAUGUUCAAACAGACCAGCAGAAAAUCAUCAAAGUCUUUCAAUAUUGCUUCAUGUAAACGUCCAAACAGCCUAUAUUUUUAUGCUUAUGUUUCUUUAAUUUUCAUUUAUGUCAUGUUAUUAGUCAAGUUCUGAUUGUUCUUUUGACGAGUAGGUGAGGUUAAAGGAAUUCAGAUGUAUACAAUUUUCAAUUGAAUGUAAGACAUGAUUUAAAUAAAAUAAUCCUUACAAAACCUUUAAACUGUAAAUUUUAGAACACUUGUCUUCAAAGGAUUAUGCACCGAAAAAGGAUUAAUAUGUCAUAUGUUUCACCCAUUACCAAAACUUACUACAUAUCUAUCGGUAGUUUACGUAUUAGUUGAUAUACUGAUAUUUUAAACUGAUCAAGUCCUUAUAUCUUAAUAUGAUGAGAUGUCACCUUUGAUAUAACAUGAUAUUAUUUAUUUCUCUCCUGAAUAGUGCAGUAAUUAUGUUAUUGUAUUUUUUUCCGAAUAAGCAGAAGUUGGAGAAGUUGACUGUAAUUUAGGGUCCUAAAACUUUGGAAAUCCAUGGUUGGAUUUGUAAAACAUGUGAUUGGAUUAUAUAAAUGGCUUGAUAUGAAGCAAUCAUUUGGUUUUUUUUCUCAGAGAGCUUUGAAUUGAUUCAGAAUACAUGUACAGCAUUUAGUAAACAUUCAGAAAUCCAAUCAUGAAUGAGGUAUAUGUAUACAUAAGCAUUAGAACAUAUGGUUAACACUAUUUUUAUAUGUUUAUUGUAUGAAAUAUGUGUCAGUUAUGACAUUUGUUUGAUUUUACACAUUAUUUGUUACUUUUCCAGCUCCAUUUAUCCAGUAGAUUUAUAUUAUUUAAAUAGAACUGAAAAGCUAAAUAAUAUUUCAUUCAAGUGUUCUUUCAAUUUUUACAUUUAGGAGGUGUUUUCUUGGACCUUUCUUUUCAAUCUAUUUUGUCUACCUAGAUACUUAAUAGUUCUAUCAAUACUCCUUGUAACAAUUGUUUCUGCUAUAUUGUAAAGAUUUGUGUCUACGGUUCUGAUUGCAAUUGCAAUACAUAGGACUUUGAAGUCAUGUACAACAGCUUAUGAUCAUUGUUACCUAUUGCAUCUGCAGUACUGAUAGCUGGUAAAAGUGUGUGUAUUUAUUGUUCAAGAGUUCAAAAUCAUGGUUUUAACAGUAAUAUUGUUAGAUGCUACAAUUUUUUUCAUGGUAUAAAGUGCUUUUUUUUGUUAGCUGUUAAUAACCAUGUACUAAUGUUAUUUUAAGAGAUUUAUUAUCUUAAUAAUAUAAAAUUUAUAAAUAUUUCAAAGAAUUUAAUAUAUACAUCGUUAAUGGUGCAAAAGAAUUAAUAUUUAUUACACUGGAGUCAAUCAAGGAUAUAUUGCAAACUAUGUGAUAUACAGUGAUAUGUGGUGAGGAUUGUAUUUAUGUAAAUAAGAUGAAAAUUAAUUUUUAACUUGAAUUACAUUUGGGGGGGGGGAAGUAACAUUUGUAAUAUUCAUAUUGAUGUUUCUUAAAAUAACCAAAAGCUUAGUUCAAAAUAUCUUUCUGGAAAAAUCACUAGUAAGUUACGGCUUAUAAUUAAUUUUAGCCAUGAGAUUAAAUGUGGAAAAAAAGCACCAAAGUGUUAUUGAUUUGAAUUUAUUGAAUCUCUUAUGAGUAAUAAAUGGGUGAGAGAUAUCUAUUAUGUUUAUCACUCACUGUAUGAAUUAUCAGCAACUACUUAUCAUCAUGAGUAACAAAUAUUCAUAAGUUGAUUGAGAUGAUCAUUGUAUAUAUACAGUAUGUUUAUGAGAUUUUAAGGGUGUAAGUCAUGUGUGAAUGUAGUUUGAAAGGGACUCUCUAUCAUUCCAAUGUUACUGUACAGUUGGCAGUGUGGGUCAUGUCUGUUAAAAUUGUAUUUGACACUUUUUUUGCUGCUUGAUGUUUGGAAAUGAGAGAAUAAAUAAAUAUAAUGAUAAAAAUAUUUAUAAAAUUUGAGGGAAAUGUUCUGCAACAUAUUAUUCUGAAAUUUAGGUCCAAAAUCUGAAAAAAGAAAAUAUUAAUGUUUUGAUUUAGGCUCUGUACAAAUGUAAAAGGGGACAUCAUAUUGUUUUCCUCAUUGAAAAAGAUUUCACAUUAAAACCUUACAGUAACCAUACUUCAUAAUUUACCAAUGAUACACAAUAUAAGAUCAUUUACAAAAUCAUUCAGUGGUGUAGCUUUGUUUGUAUGCUAGAUCAUCGACAUCUUCUCAAUACUACUCUUAUAGAGAUAUCCUUUUAUUUUUCUUAUAAUUGGAAGCAGCAACUAACAUUUAUGCCUAGCUAUAUCACUGAUAAUACUACUCAGGUAGAGCCCAAGAAUAAACUGCCACCAUUAUUCAUUUGAUCUCUUUUCCUUUUAACCCUGGUAUCUUAAAAAUCAUCCACCCUAGCAAAGGGUUAUGAUUUUAUCCCCUGCCCUUCAAGAGGAGAGGAUUGUAACCCUUGGCUAGUGAAGAGGCUUAAAAUUGUGUGAAACAAAAAUGUGCUUUAUUUUCUCUUUAUUGUUGACCUUUUUUCCUGAUAUUUUGGGAAUAAAUUCAUUGUUGAUUAACCAUUCUUUGUUUGCAAAUGUUAAGUGUUGUGGAUAACAGCAUUGAUGUGUCCUGAUAUCACUACAAGUGAUACAGGCUUUCAGUAUUUAUUGUAAGAAUGCUAUUGUUAUGAUGUUGAAUGAAGGAGAGAUAUUUUUGAAUAAAUUAUUAUUUUGUUCA